UAUAUGUGAUAGGGCAAGUUUUGAUUCUCAUGGCUUCUUGCUCCAUCCUCAGCUUGGAUGCUUAGUGCUUGGACUGUCUGAGAGUGAAAACCCAGAUGAAGACAGUUGGUGGCAGAACUACUGACAAUGAAACCAGUGGAAUCCGUGACCUUCAAUGAUAUAGCUAUCAGCUUUACCAAGGAAGAGUGGGCCAUGUUGGACAUGAACCAGAGAAAGUUGUUCAGAGAUGUUAUGGUGGAGAAUAUCAAUCAUCUGGUGUUCAUGGGAUAUCAGGUCUGUAUAUCAGAAGUGCUUUCACAGUCAGAACAAGGAGAACUGUGGAGAGAAGGAUUAAGACUUCUCCAAGUACAGAGUUCAGGCAGGGAAAAUGACCGUAAAACAGAAGAAAUGACAACCAUGCAACAUAUCUCUAAGAAGGAUACAUUUACUAACCAGACAAAGAUUUCUCACAAUGAAGAGGAUCCCCUUGAAAGUAAUGAUUUGGGAGAAUAUUUCACUCACGCCACAAUGACUGACAUGGGAAAGAAACUCAAUGUAAAUGAACAAUUUCAAAGAGUUCUCAAUUAUCAUUCAUUCAUUGGUCAAAAUAAGAAAAUUCAAACUGGAUGUAAGUCAUAUAACUGUCAUCUAUGUGGAAAAGUCUUCAGAAGUAGUUCUGGCCUUAGACACCUUGAGAAAAUACACACUGGAGAAAAGCCACAUGGCUACCAUCUAUGUGGGAAAGACUUCACUGAUAGUUCUACACUCAGACAGCAUGGGAGAACUUACACUGGGGAGAAACCGUAUGUCUGCAAUAUGUGUGGUAAAUCCUUCAGCCAUUGUGAUUACCUUAGGCAACAUGAAAGAAUUCACACUGGAGAGAAACCCAAUGUCUGCAGUAUGUGUGGGAAAUCCUUCAGUCGUUGUGUUAACCUUAGGCAACAUGAAAGAAUUCACACUGGGGAGAAACCAUAUGUCUGCAGUAUGUGUGGGAAAUCCUUCAGUCAUUUUAGUACCCUUUGGCGACAUGAAAGAAUUCACACUGGGGAGAAACCCAAUAUCUGCAAUAUAUGUGGGAAAUCCUUCAGUUGUUGUGGUGCCCUUAGGCAACAUGAAAGAAUUCACACUGGAGAGAAACCCAAUAUCUGCAGUGUGUGUGGGAAAUCCUUCAGUCAUUGUGGUAACCUUAGGCAACAUGAAAGAAUUCACACUGGGGAGAAACCAUAUGUCUGCAGUAUGUGUGGGAAAUCCUUCAGUCAUUGUGGUGCCCUUAGGCGACAUGAAAGAAUUCACACUGGGGAGAAACCAUAUGUCUGCAAUAUGUGUGGGAAAUCCUUCAAUUGUUGUGGUACCCUUAGGAGACAUGAAAGAAUUCACAGUGGGGAG